UUCACCAACCCAAAAUGAUGAAUCCUGAAAAUUGGGUGUUCAAUAUUUUCUUGCUUCUGUUUCUUUUCUUUGGAUUUUGCAAAUCCACAGACACCAUAACUCCAACACGACCUAUCAAAGACGGUGACUUGUUAGUCUCCAACGAUGAGACCUUCGCACUUGGAUUUUUCAGUCCCAGAAAUGGAACAUCCAAUCGUAGGUAUGUUGGAAUAUGGUACUACAAGAUCUCUGAACAAACCGUAGUUUGGGUUGCCAAUCGAGACAAACCAAUCAACGGCACAUCCGGAGCAAUAUCUAUCGACCAACACGGAAACCUCGUCAUCUACGAUGGCAAUUCCCAAAAUGUUACACUUUGGCAUACAAACGUUUCAGCACCAGUGAUGGCCACGAGCAAUUCUUAUUCAGCUCGGCUCUUGGAUUCGGGGAAUUUGAUGUUGUUGUUUCAAGGCAGUGAUACUAAAAAUGAAAGUUUUGUCGCAUGGCAAAGUUUUGAUUAUCCUACGAAUACUCUGCUGCCCAACAUGAAACUCGGGCUGGACCGGAGCACCGGUCUGGACCGGUUCCUGACAUCAUGGAAGUCGAAAGACGAUCCGGGCACAGGAGAAUACUCGUAUAGGAUGGUACCAAGUGGUUUGCCCGAACUUGUAUUGUACAAGGGCUCAGUCCGAUUAUAUCGGAUCUUACCAUCGAUUGGGAGCAAACUGACUGAGAAUUUCACUAAUUUCAUGUUCCACUCGAGUUACAUUGAUGAUCCUGAGGAAGUCAGUAUAGCUUAUGCUCAGGUCAAUGGCUCGCGUUUGUCUAAAAUUUUUUUGGACGAACUUGUUGGGGAUUUAAAAAUGGAUACGUGGGUCGAUGUGAAGGGUCAGGGUAAAUGGGUCGAGUUCUACUCGGCUCCGAAUGAACCAUGUGCCAAUUAUGGGCAGUGUGGUGCGUAUGGCUAUUGUGACGAAAGCAAAUUGCCAGCAGCGGGGUUUGAGUGCACAUGUCUUCCAGGGCACGAGCCCAAGUCAGCGAAGCAAUGGAAUCUAAGAGAUACGACAGGCGGGUGUGUGGAGAAGAAGCGUGCGGGGCUUGGCACGUGUGGGAAUGGAGAAGGGUUCGUGAAGGUCGUAGGUUCAAAGAUUCCAGAUACAUCUUGGGCACGUGUGGCGCCGCAGCUGAGCAUGAAUGAGUGUGAAACGAUGUGCUUGAUGAACUGUUCUUGCAAGGCUUACUCAAGUGUAGUUGAUUUGGGCAACUGUAUCACAUGGUAUGGAGAUUUGAUGGAUGUAAGAAAGUUCGAUAAUGCUCCGCUUGAUUGGUAUAUACGUGUUGAUGCUGAUGAAUUAGAUCAACAUUUGAAGAAGAAGAGGUCCAUAAGCGCUAAUAAAAAGAAGGCCAUUGUGGUGACAUCUAUUGUUGUGAUGUUGGCCUUGAUUAUUUCACUAGUUUGUUGGUUGGUAAUGAAAAAGGCAAGAAGAGAUGUUGGAUUCAACAAUCAAGCCAGUGAUGAAGAAAAACUAGAAUUGCCCAUUUUUGAUAUGAUCACCAUUGCAACGGCAACUAACAAGUUUUCUGACACAAACAAAAUUGGGGAAGGUGGUUUCGGGCCUGUUUACAAAGGUCAACUAUCAAUUGGAAAAGACAUAGCUGUCAAGCGCCUCUCAACAAGCUCCAAACAAGGUGUGGAUGAAUUCAAAAAUGAGGUUAUUUUGAUUGCCAAGCUUCAACACCGAAAUCUUGUUAGGCUUUUGGGAUGUUGCAUCCAUGGAGACGAACGAAUGUUAGUUUACGAGUAUAUGCCCAAUGGAAGCUUGGAUUCCUUCAUUUUUGCAGGUGUAGAAAAAAAAAGUAAAUCAUUUACAUGGAGUACACGAUUGGAUAUUAUUGUGGGAAUUGCUCGAGGGAUUCUUUAUCUUCAUCAAGAUUCAAGAUUGAGAAUAAUUCAUAGAGAUCUUAAAGCUAGCAAUGUGUUACUUGACAGUGAGAUGAAUCCUAAAAUUUCAGAUUUUGGCUUGGCCAGGGCUUUUGGACAUGAUCAAUCAUCAACAAAAACAGAAAGGGUGGUUGGAACUUAUGGUUAUAUGUCUCCAGAAUAUGUGAUUGAUGGCCUCUUUUCAAUGAAAUCAGAUGUUUUUAGCUUCGGAGUCAUAAUUUUAGAAAUAAUGAGUGGCAAAAGGAACCGAAUGUUUCAUUAUUCAAACCAUGAUCUUAACCUCCUUGGACAUGCAUGGAACCUUUGGACUGAAGGAAGGGCUUCUGAAUUAUUAGAUCCAAUGAUGGAGCGUUCAUUUCCAAUGUCAAAGGUAUUAAGGUGCAUACAAGUUGGUCUCCUAUGCGUGCAGAAAUGCCCUGAAGAUAGGCCAAUGAUGUCAUCUGUGUUCUUAAUGUUGGUUAGUGACAGUGCAAUUUUGCCUCAACCCAAGCAACCUGGUUUUUAUAUAGAGAGGAGUUCCAUCGAAACACAUGAUCAGUCAUUAUUUAAAAGUACUCCUAGCAUUAACGAAGUGACUAUGACAUGUCUAGCGGCUCGAUAAAACAUUUUUGAGUUCCGAUUCGUAGCUCAAAUUUGGAGAAGAAGAAGAAGAAGAAGGAGGAAGAAGAAGGAGAAGAAGAACAGGACUGGAGGGACCAACAAAAUCGGGUGGAUGCGGAGGUGGAGGUGGAGGUGGAGGUGGAGGCGGCGGCGGGCGGAGGCAGAGACAAAGGCGGGGCUGUGAUUUGACGAUCGGCCGACGAGCGACGAUCGGCCGACGAGCGACGAGCUGCCGACGAGCUGCAAUGACAACAACGACGACUCUGUUUCUCUCUCGCCUCUGCUCUUCUCCUGUGUUCAACGAAGAAGAAGAAAAGAAAGAAAGAAAAGGAAGAGAAAGAAAAGGAAGAAAAAAAAAAUUCGAAACCCAAAACGACAUCGUUUUGGGUUUCGCACCAAAUUCGAGCUACGAGUCAUUUUUCAACAUUUUCUACUUGCAACGAUGGGGCCACAUGCAACCUAGGUGGCCAGUUGCCCUUCUCAAGUUUUUAAAUUUUCAAUUUUUAUUAUAGUU